UAGUCCAUAGCCCAUAGUUCGUGAAUAGAGUAAGUAGUCGGUUCAUAAUUUUGCCUCUCCGCCAAAGCCCUAGUGCUAAUUCCCCGCCCCUCAGUAUAUCGACUCCGAUCUUCCGAACAUCAACAGUAAUGUCGUUCUCCGUACUACGAUCUCGGAUUUCUCAGCGACUCUCGAAAUACACCGCCAUUAACAACUGCCACAACAUCAACAAUCUUAACACUAUAAUCUCCCAAAGACUCUUCUGUACUAAACCUCCUAUAGAACCUCCAUUAUCGUCUCCACCGAAGAAGAACACCUUCUUAACUGCGCUCAAAUUCGGUCUUACUGCUACUCUUGUCGGUGUUGCAGCAACUGCUGGCUAUGCUACUUACGCAUACACGUCAGAAGAAGUAGAUGAAAAGACAAAAUCAAUCCGAGCUUCUGCAAAUUAUCCCAUUGAAGAGUUAGAAGAUGAAUCUACUAUUAAUAAACUUCAAGCUUCAUUGCGCUCUGCUGCUUUAAGUGUGCCUGCGAAAGCAAUUGAACUUUAUCUAGAUUUGAGGAGAUCUACAGAGGAGCAUAUUAGAGUUUUCAGAGACCCGUUGUCGGAUAAGCUGCUUCCUGAUUUACCCCCUGGAAUGCAGAAUGUGUUUACACUUGUUGUUGAUCUGAAUGAGACUUUAGUAUACUCUGAUUGGAAGCGUGAAAGGGGAUGGAGAACAUUUAAAAGGCCCGGUGUCGAUUCCUUUCUAGAGCACCUAGCACAAUUUUAUGAAAUUGUUGUGUACUCUGACAAUUUGCAAAUGUAUGUCGACCCGGUUCUUGAGAGAUUAGAUGAGAAGCAUUGCGUAGCUCAUCGACUAUCAAGGGCUGCAACAAGAUAUGAGGGAGGGAAACAUUAUAGGGAUCUUUCAAAACUGAACCGUGAUCCUUCAAAGGUUAUUUAUCUAAGUGGCCACGCCCUGGAGAACUGUCUUCAGCCGGAAAACUGUGUUGAAAUCAAGCCAUGGAAAAGUGAUGAUUUGAAUGAUACUACUUUGCUGGAUUUUAUUCCAUUUCUUGAAUUUGUGGCUCGGAGUGGUCCACCUGAUAUUCGCCAAGUGCUAGCAUCCUAUAAAGGGCGUGAUAUCCCAAAGGAGUUUAUAGAACGCUCUAAAGAGCACCAGAGGCGAAUGCAAGAAACGAAACAGCAUGGACGUUUUUGGCGACGGUGAACGACUGUGUCUUAUGCCGACGCUGAGGCUUAUUCUUGAUACAGUUGAUAAUCCCUAGCAAAUUAAAGCUAGGGAUAAUAUAGACACCAAGUAUGAGCUGCUUCAUAGUAUCUAGUUUGCAAAGCAGAACCAUUUUGACACAAGUAGUUGAAUAGCUAACCCAAGAGGGCAAUUUUUUGCACUAUUUUUUGGCGCAAUGUUACCGUGCUGUACAAAUUUGCUUCCCUCCCCUCUGUUUUCUUUUUUGUAAAAAUUGGAUUGAAAUGAUGUGCUUUGGUCCGAAGCUGAGUACAGAUAAUAUUGGCAUUUUGAUUAGUCAUGCCAAGUAUGAGAAGGAGCCGGUUGAGCUCUAUAUGACCACCCAGCUCUGAUUUAUUUUCUAUCUAUCAAUAAAUAUUCUGUUUGGCAA